AUGGUCCGCAUCACUCUCUUCGCCACUCUCGCUUUUGCGAUGACCGCACUCGCAAUCACCCCCAACAACGCCGGUGCCAAGAACGUCGGCCAGGGCAACGGAGCUCAAUUCAUCACCGGAGGCUGUGUCGACAACGCUGACUGCUCUUCCGCAUGCUGCGCGGAUGCCAGCGGCGUCGGCGUCUGCUCGGCCGAGGCCGCGCAGUUCCAGAAUGGCAAGAACGGCUGCAACUUUGUCGACCCCAACAAGGCGGCAACCAUUGCUGCUGCCAAGGCUCAGGUUGCAAAGCAGGGCUUCUAA